AUGCUGCUGGACUGCUCGCAGACGCGCAGGAGCAAGGUGCUGCUGUCGGCGAUCAGUCCGGCACUUCGUGAUCGUGAAGCAAAGAGAAGAAAAGAGCUUGUGUUUGAUGAUCAAGUGGAGAAGGAAAGAGGAUUUGAUGAUGAGAACAAGAAGGCAGUGGAGAUGACGGAAAGAAUUAAACGACCAGAGUAUAGUCGUAAGGAUAAAUCUCUGGCCAGAUUGUGUUCAAGGUUCUUGGAUAUCUUCGACAAGGAGGAGAACGUCGGGAAGAAGAUUCUUCUGGAUUCGGCAGCUAAACAAUUAGGUGUGGAGAGAAGGCGUGUUUACGAUAUCAUCAAUGUACUUGAGAGUCUAGAAAUAGCCAAGCGAGAGGCAAAGAAUCAAUAUCUAUGGAAAGGACGUUCCCAGUUACCAGCAACAGUGACUAAGCUAAAAGCUCAUGCUCUUCAAAAGGGACUUAUGCCUAAAAUAGAUUUGCAACGAAGUGAGGAGGUGUCAGUUGAGAAAAUACGAGCAAACAUUCACAGAUUGCCGGACAGAAGAUCGGGUAAUGUAGCCACAGGGUCUGAUUCAGAGGCUGAGGAAUCGGGCAAGGAGUCUAAUAUAAAGGAGACUCGUAAACGUCGUGAUACAGCCAUUAAUUAA